AUGGAGCCCGAGGGAGCCGGCCAGCCGCCCGCCGCCCCCCAGCCCCCCGCCUGCCCCACGGCGCCGCCCGGGGCCCCCGCCGAGGGGCUGCCUGCUGCGGGGGGGGGCGAGGGGCAGGGGGUGGGCGCCGCUGCGGGGGGGGGCUGCCCCACGGCGGGGGCUGCCGGGAGGGAGGACGGGGCAGGGGCGGCGGAGGCUGCCGGGGGGGAGGCCGGGGGGGAGGCUGCUGGGAGCGGUGCCAAGGCCGAGGCAGCGGAGGCUGCUGGGAGUGAGGCCAAGGCAGCGGAGGAUGCUGGGAGUGAGGCCAAGGCCGAGGCAGCAGAGGAUGCUGGGAGUGACGGCAACGCAGGGGCGGCGGAGGCUGCUGGGGGGGAGGCCGGGGGGGAGGCAAGCGAGGCUGCUGGGAGUGAGGCCAAGGCAGCGGAGGCUGCUGGGAGUGAGGCCAAGGGAGCAGAGGCUGCUGGGAGUGAGGCCAAGGCAGCGGAGGAUGCUGGGAGUGAGGCCAAGGGAGCAGAGGCUGCUGGGAGUGAGGCCAAGGCAGCGGAGGAUGCUGGGAGUGAGGCCAAGGGAGCAGAGGCUGCUGGGAGUGAGGCCAACGCAGCAAAGGCUGCUGGGAGUGAGGCCAAGGCCGAGGCAGUAGAGGCUGCCGGGUCCGAGGCCAAGGCUGGGGCAGCAAAGGAUGCUGGGAGCGGGGCCCAGGGAGCAGAGGAUGCUGGGAGCGAGGCCCAGGCCGGGGCAGCAGAGGCCGGGGGGGCAGGCGAGGCGGGGGCGGGUGCCCCCGUGGCCGGGCAGGCGGCGGAGCCCCCCCCGGGCCGGCAGGAGCCCGCGUGGCUGCAGGACGAGGACGACGAGCUGUGGCCCGAGUUCCCCCCCGGCUCGCCCGCCAGCCCCACCUCCCCCACGUCUCCCGCGUCCCCCACGUCCCCCACGUCUCCCGCGUCCCCCACGUCUCCCGCGUCCCCCACGUCUCCUGUGUCCCCCAAGGCCCCCGCCGCUGGCACCGUCGCGGGCUCGCGGGGCAGCCAGAGAGGGGCGGCCAAGGGGACGCCGGGGCGCGGGGCCGGGGGGCGGGUGCCAGCGGGUGCCCCGGCGCGGGGACGCAGCGCCAUCCUGGAGAAGUUCGGAGGGGCGGCCACGGGCCCGGCCCCCCACCUGAAGCGCGUGGGGGGUGCCAACACGGUGAAGACCAUGCUGCUGGAGUGGUGCCGCGCCAGGACCCGCGGCUACGAGCACGUCGACAUCCAGAACUUCUCGGGGAGCUGGGGCACGGGCAUGGCCUUCUGCGCCCUCGUCCACAGCUUCUUCCCCGACGCCUUCGACUACGCCGGCCUGGCGCCCCACAACCGCCGCGAGAACUUCGCCCUGGCCUUCGCCACCGCGCAGGAGCGGGCCGACUGCGCCCCGCUGCUGGAGGUGGACGACAUGGUGAGGCUGAAGGUGCCCGACGCCAAGUGCGUCUACACCUACGUGCAGGAGCUCUACCGUAGCCUGGUGGCCAAGGGGCUGGUGAAGACCAAGAAGCGCUGACGGGGGGCUCCCAGUGCUCCCAGUGCUCCCAGUGCCGCCCCGCGCUGGCCGGUGCCCCCCAUCUUGGCGCCCUUCGCCCCCCAGUAAAGGCUUGCUGGUC